UGCAUAUUAAUGAGCUCGCUCGCUGCGAGGGCAGGAGCUGAUUUAAAAGAGGCCAGGGCUGGCGGAGGGAAGACGUGGAGUGAUCGCAGAGCAGAGCGCAAAGCCAGCGCGCGGCGACAGACAGCGCCCGACACCCACCGACGGCGCCGCGGCAGCCAGCUGAGGCGGGAGACGUGCUCUGAGCUGACGGGUCCGACCCCGGCGGCGUCCCCGGACGCCACACCGCGCAGUCCCUGUGUCCCCGUUCCUGAGCUGCACCCCUCUGAUCAGCAUGAGGCUCCUGGCGGCCGCGCUGCUCCUGCUGCUCCUGGCACUGUGCGCCUCGCGCCUGGAGGGAUCCAAAUGCAAGUGCUCCCGGAAGGGCCCUAAGAUCCGCUACAGUGAUGUGAAGAAGCUGGAAAUGAAGCCAAAGUACCCACACUGCGAAGAAAAGAUGGUUAUCAUCACCACCAAGAGUAUGUCCAGGUACCGUGGCCAGGAGCACUGCUUGCACCCCAAGCUGCAGAGCACCAAGCGCUUCAUCAAGUGGUACAAUGCCUGGAACGAGAAGCGCAGGGUCUAUGAAGAAUAGGGUGGAAAGUCUCUGACGGAAAGUCCAGCCCAGUUUGGAGACGUGAGCAAAGGACUUUGCUGGUUAAAUAAAAAACCUUUCUUUCUCACAGGCAUCAGACACAAAUUAUAUAUUGUUAUGAAGCACUUUUUACCCAGGGUCAGUUUUUACAUUUUAUAGCUGUGUGCGAAAGGCUUCCAGAUGUGAGACCCAGCUCUCCUGCGCUCCAGACAUCAACACAGGCAGCUUUUUGCUGAAAACGGGGGGGAAACUCAUGCCUUUUCUUUAAAAAAAAAAAAAAUGCUUUUUGUAUUUGUUCAUACACUGAUACACACCUGAGCUUUAUAAGCGCCCAGGAGGAACAAUGAGCUUGGUUAAGACGUUUCGCUGCAGCAUUGCUCCAGUCCUAGCUUGGGAAGCUUCCGCCCAGAGGGCCUGGGCCUCCUGCACAGCUGCCAGGUUCCCCUGGGCUCAUGGUCGUUCCCAGCCUCAGUGUGACUGCGCAGUGGCCCCUGUCGCUGGGCAAGCAGGAGCAGGUCUCUCUGCAUCUGUGCUUGGAAGAACUCAGUGUAGUUGCCAGAGAAAUGUGCUUUAUUCCUCCGGUUCAUUUUUUUCAGUCUAGGAAACAUUUCCAAGAUCCUGUGGGGGUGAGGCAAGUGACCCCUAAAGAAAGUGCUGGGUCUUUUUUCCAACCUGAGGAAUUCUGAGAGGUUCACAGCUUCACUUUGUGACGCUUCAGAAGUGUGUGGAGUUCCUACCACUGUUAGUGAAAGACUUAGCAAAAAUUAAAACAUACGUACACGACACGCAACUGGACACACACGACCUGUUAACAAGGGGAAACCUUUGAAGUGUGUUUCUCUCCCUCCCCACAGUGGAACGUGUGGUACUAAACAGGGGUACACUUGUGACUCCCCAAACAGCUCACAGGGAAAAAGGUGUCCUGGUCUGAAAGCUGGGAUGACUGAACACCUUCUCCUUUGUACAUACCUUCUGCAGAGCGCCCCCCACAGGCUGCCUUCCCUAGAGGCUGCACCGUCCUGCUGUGUUAUACGCUGUGUAAAUGUCAGAGAUCAUUAGCGUUGCAUGCAGAUUUCUUAUUCUUUCUAAGACGAAAAGUAAUAAAAUAUAUUUGAAAUGUA